AGCGAACAUUUUUUUUCCUUCCUUUACUCCCUCCCCCCUACCCGCCCCUCCCUCCCUCUUUCCCUUCCCUCCCUCCCUCCCCUCUCGGCUGGGUCUUUGCGCCCGGGCGCCGGGUCCCCUCCGCAGCUGGGACGCGCCGAACUCGAGGCAGGAGUCGGCAAUCCGGAGCCUCGUCCCUCCCUUCCCCUUCCCUGCCCCCUUCCCCCACCCCUGACUGGGGCUCCGCGCAGCGGCCAGAGGAACCCCGAGCCCCGGCCCAGGCCCCUGAGCUGGAGGGAUGGAAAACUCCUCGGCAGCGUCGGCCUCCUCCGAGGCUGGGAGCAGCCGCUCCCAGGAGAUCGAGGAGCUGGAGCGCUUCAUCGACAGCUACGUGCUAGAGUACCAGGUGCAGGGGCUGCUGGCGGACAAGACAGAGGGGGACGGCGAGAGCGAGAGGACACAGUCCCACAUCUCCCAGUGGACAGCGGACUGCAACGAGCCACUAGACAGCAGCUGUUCCUUCUCCCGAGGGCGAGCCCCCCCACAGCAGAAUGGCAGCAAAGACAACUCCCUGGACAUGCUGGGCACGGACAUCUGGGCUGCCAACACCUUCGACUCCUUCAGUGGUGCCACCUGGGACCUGCAGCCCGAAAAGCUGGACUUCACGCAGUUCCACCGCAAGCUCCGGCACGCGCCCAAGCAGCCCCUGCCGCACAUCGACCGCGAAGGGUGUGGCAAAGGGAAGCUGGAAGAUGGGGAUGGUAUCAACCUGAAUGACAUCGAGAAGGUCCUCCCAGCCUGGCAGGGCUACCACCCGAUGCCCCAUGAAGUAGAGAUUGCGCACACCAAGAAGCUGUUCCGGAGAAGGAGAAAUGAUCGAAGACGACAGCAAAGACCUCCAGGAGGGAACAAGCCCCAGCAGCAUGGUGACCAUCAGCCGGGCAGCGCCAAACACAACAGGGACCACCAGAAAUCCUACCAGGGGGGCUCAGCACCUCACCCCUCGGGGAGGCCCACCCACCACGGCUACAGCCAGAACCGGCGCUGGCACCACGGCAACAUGAAGCACCCGCCAGGCGACAAGGGGGAGGCAGGCACCCACCGCAAUGCCAAAGAGAUUGUGACCAUCGAGAGCCCAAAACUUGAGGACACCGCGGGGGACUCCGGGCACAGCGGCCUCGAACCCCCCCGCAGCCCUGACGCCCUGGCCCCGGUGGCUUCUGAGAGGCUGCCCCCGCAGCCGCCGGGAGGGCCGGAGGCCGAGACAAAGCGUAAAGACAGUGUUCUUCCUGAGCGCAUCGGGGAGCGGCCCAGAAUUACCCUGCUCCAGUCUUCCAAAGACAGACUGCGGCGAAGGCUAAAAGAAAAGGAGGACGUGGCAGUGGAGACAAGCAGCCCUCAGCAGAACAAGAUGGACAAGCUGAUGGAGAUCCUGAACAGCAUGCGGAACAACAGCAGCGACGUGGACGCCAAGCUCACCACCUUCAUGGAGGAGGCGCAGAACUCCACCAACUCGGAGGAGAUGCUGGGAGAGAUCGUGCGGACCAUCUACCAGAAGGCCGUGUCUGACCGCAGCUUCGCCUUCACCGCCGCCAAGCUGUGCGACAAGAUGGCGCUCUUCAUGGUGGAGGGCACCAAGUUCCGGAGCCUGCUCCUCAACAUGCUCCAGAAGGACUUCACGGUGCGCGAGGAGCUGCAGCAGCAGGACGUGGAGCGCUGGCUGGGCUUCAUCACCUUCCUGUGCGAGGUCUUCGGCACCAUGCGCAGCAGCACGGGCGAGCCCUUCCGUGUGCUCGUGUGCCCCAUCUACACCUGCCUCAGGGAGCUCUUGCAAUCUCAGGAUGUGAAGGAAGACGCUGUCCUUUGCUGCUCGAUGGAGCUGCAGAGCACAGGCCGGCUGCUGGAGGAGCAGCUGCCCGAGAUGAUGACAGAGCUCCUGGCCAGCGCCCGGGACAAGAUGCUGUGCCCCUCGGAGUCAAUGCUGACCCGGUCACUGCUCCUGGAGGUCAUCGAGCUCCACGCCAACAGCUGGAACCCUCUGACACCCCCCAUCACGCAGUACUACAACAGAACCAUCCAGAAACUGACAGCCUGACAGCCAGGGGGCCUGGCGGGCGGCCCGCGGGCAGCUGGGGCCCUGGUGCACGGGGCCAGAUGGACAGGCGGGAGGACAGGGGUGGCCCUGGCUGGAGGAAGAAAUGGGAGCAAGGCAGGCAGCGUCAGUGGCCAGUCUGGAGCCAGACGGGGAAGGGAUGGAAUCCCUGAGAAGAGCCCCCGCACGAGCCCCCCAGCCCGAGCAUGCGGCAGCUCACACCAAUAAGGGAAGCAUGUUUCUUUUCCUGGUGGCCCCGGCCCUCCCCUCCCCACUCCCGCCUCCCCCCGGACCCAUCCCCGCAGCGCUUUGUGCGAGGGAUUUCAUCUCUGACUCCUCUCGGCCGGGUACCGCUUGGGUCAGAAAGGACCUCAGAAGGCUGGAAAACUGGGUCGGAGACGGGGCUCGCAUUGUUCCCUCAUGCUGUCAGCCGCAGUCGCCAACUGGCAGCAGGCGACGUGUAGCAGAUGUCCGGGAGGACAAAGGCAGGCACGGUCCCCACCAGCCACCCCCCGCAAUGGACGGCCUUUGUCAGCCAUGGCUGAGCUUUUCUCUAACCUUCACACUCCACCCUCCCGCCUCCUCCCCGCAGCCCCCAGCCUCGGGCCCAGGGGGUCGGGGCAGCGGGGGAGAUGGAGUUUGCAGUUCUACUUGCACUCUUUUGUUUACUGUGUUUUAUUUUUCAAAAGUCGGUCGCUUUGAAGUCUCCUCUCUCAGUGAAAAUGCCCGUGAUGGGAUCACACAGUCAGCACCGCGAGGACCCCCGGAUUAGUGGGAGAUCAAACCCGGCCCCCUCUGGAAGGAUUCUAGCCACAGACAGCUUGCCAGUAGCCAAUUAGGGUAAUUGGAAACUUCUGCCCCGGCAGGGGUCCCGGCUGGAAUCCUGUGUUCCUCACCACUGGGACCGCAGUAAACCCGUCCUGGCCCCUGGGGCCUUGUGGUGAACAGGGCACAAAAGCUGGCAAAUCAAAACCAAAAUGCUAGGUGGUGUUUCCCGCUCCACUCUCAGGUCUUAUGGGGAGCAGGGUAGGGCGGGAGCCUCCUGGCUGUCCGAGACCUCGAGGUUUAGCUGAUGCUGUGUCACUGCCCUAAGCCUCAGCCCAGGCAGGGUGCAGAAGCCCAGCCCUCCCACAGCGGUUGGGAAAGGGACGAAUCCACUGAGUCAUGACAGGGACAGUCAGGUGCCCUGGUGGGGCUGCCAGAUGGAGCUUUCCAGGCUGGGCUUUCAUGAAAGCCCCCGGUCCUGGGGCGCAGCCCCUUUUGUGAGGGCUGGGGAACAGGACGCGGGGCAGCGCUAUGAGGCUGGCUUCAGAUCGUAACAGGCGUCUACACAGCUCCAUCUCCAGGGUCUGGAGCACACCCUUUGAUGAGCCCCCGAAAAUGCCAGAGGCCAGCCACUUCCUUCUUUGCUCCUUUGUUGAGGCUGGCCAUGCCCUGGGUCACGGUGGAGCCCGCCCUGGUGUAGUCAGACUGGCUGGGAGGGGAGGGGCGGGGAGGGUCUCUCCUUACUGAUUCUAAGAGAGCAGGUGGGUGGGGAGCGGCUUCCCCAGUUCUCCCAGGUCUGGCCCCUGUGUCAGAGCCUGGGCCAGUCCCCCAAAAGAGCCUGUUGGGGACAGGGUGUGGGGAGCAGGUUUACCUGAAACAGGUCUGUGGCUUCUUCCAAGGAGCCCGUGCUGGCCCUGGCCCCCCACUUGGCCCACUUCACCCCCACGCCUUUCUUCACUCUUAAUUGCUCAAGCUUCUGCUUUCUGCCUUUCGUCCUCAGCCCUCACGUAGGCCCCACCCGGGGCCCAGGGACACCAGAGGCCCAGCAAGAGGCCUUGAGGGGAGAGGGGCUGGCGUUGGGGUGCGCAGAGAGGGCAGCAGGGGUCAUGCUCUCGUUAAGUCAGGCAGCGAGCGCACCUGCGCUUGGUGAGCCCUGCUGCCCUCCAGCCAGGGUGCGGGCCGUGCGCACAUCUGCUGCAAACCAGGCAGGGCCCCAGGCGGGGAGAGAGACCUGGAAGCGGGGGGCUCCUCGGCCCUGCCCUGGGCCCCGAGAAUCAGCCUCACGAAGGGAGCUCCCAAACACUGUGCGGAGGGGCUCACGCCCCCCAGAAGCCGAGACGGGGCUGUGGGCACCCGGAGGCCUGACGCCCCUUCUUCCUCACGCCCUCCUUGGUGGUCUUGCCCUGGGGCCGCCUUCCCUGGCUGUUAGGCGUGUGAAGAAGUGAGAUAUAAAUAUGUACACAUAUAUAAAUAUAUUUUUAAUUACGUGUCGUGUCACGGUGGCUCCAGACUUACGGUUUGCCUAGUUUGUUCCAUCGCUUGAAAGCGCUUCCUGGCCAAUCCGAAUAACACUUUGAGCUGUUUUUCUAAAUGCAGGUUGCUGCUCCUUUUUUCAGACAUGGAAGGAAAAGGAUGAAAAAAAAAAUUUUUUUUUUUUUUUUUUUUU